CAAGAACAAGAGCUCAAACAGGCAUAUCGGCAAGGUGAUGCUACCACUCUCAACAUCUACACCGCCGGAUUCAACAGGACGAACCCCUCACUGGGAUACGGCUCCAUGCCCUCCAAGUACUUCAAGGACCCAAUCAGUGACGGUGUCAUUGUCCGGUACUCCACCUUCCCUGGCGGUGAGCGCAAGAACUACAACCUCAGCCAAACGACGGUGCAUGAGGUUGGACAUUGGUUUGGGCUUUACCACACGUUCAAAGGGGAUGGGUGUGAUGGGGUUGGGGACAACAUCACGGACACGGCCCCGGAAGCUUCAGGUGCAGAAGGGUGCCCUGUUGGCAGAAAUACUUGCCUGGGAGGUCCACCGGAUCCUAUCCAUAUGUCGUACAACUAUAUGGACUACUCUUUUGAUUCAUGUAUGAGGGAGUUCACGAAAGGUCAAGUGGUCAGGAUGCACGAAGCCAUACGAGCCUUCAGA